AUGUUAUUUAGCUCAAAGGAAUAUCCAUCAAAGAUGGGUAAGAUUAUGAAACCUGGGAAGGUAGUGCUGGUCCUAAGCGGCCGGUACGCAGGGCGCAAAGCCAUCGUCGUGAAGAACUACGACGAAGGUACCUCAGAGAAGCCCUAUGGUCACGCGUUCGUGGCCGGCAUCGACAGGUACCCCAGAAAAGUUCACAAGCGGAUGGGCAAAAACAAAAUUCACAAGCGUUCCAAAGUCAAGCCUUUCGUCAAGGUCGUAAACUACAACCACCUUAUGCCAACCCGGUACUCAGUUGACUUCAGCUUCGAAAAGUUCAGUGCAAAGGACUUAAAAGACCCUGCAAAACGCAAGAAGCUCCGAUUCAACACCAGAGUGCGCUUUGAAGAAAGAUACAAGAGUGGAAAGAACAAGUGGUUCUUCCAAAAGCUUAGAUUCUAA